AUGGACUCUUCGAGAUAUUUUCCUGAUCACUUGCACAUUGAACCGGGUGUCGUUGCUGAAUUCGCAAUCAUCACGGGUCUUGUUAUUUGUCUCUAUGGUUUUCGACUGCUUCGAACGAUGAUCUUUGUCUGCGGGGUUCUCGUCACAGGGUUGUUUGUGUCAGUGGCGGUUGAAAAUGCUUUCGGACUAAAGUCUUGGGUGCUCGCAGCUUCAUGGAUUGGGGGUUUUGUCAUUGGUAUCGCCGGAGGUUGCGUUGCACUGGCAUUCUUCCCACUCGGUGUGUUUGUGCUAGGUUCCAUGCUGGCCUACACGUUUACUUCUUCGCUUCCCUAUCGUGUGUUCCCGGGUGAAUCGAGUUACGUCUUGGACGGUGCCGUGGUGCUUAUAGGUGGUAUAUUGGCGUGGCUGCUAGUACGCCCGUUUACUAUUGUCGCUAGCAGUCUCGUGGGUUCUGUCAUAGCCAUUUGGGGCGUCGGCUACUUUGCUGGUAAGUACCCAAGUGGUGAUGACAUUGAGCGUUUUCAUUCACAUCUGACUGGAAGAGGAACAUGGUCGGAAUGGUCAAACAGUGUCGCGAUGCUGGCAAAACGCGUAGUCGGAGCCACAUUGGUCACUACACUGGCUGGCGAUCCAGUCCAAACAUUGUCAUACGCUGAGUUUGAUGCCGAGAAGCGAGCCACGCAAAGUACAGGCCUCUAG